UUUGUUAUGUUCAAUUGUUCAAUGUUGAUGAUGAUGAUAGUAUAGUGUUGUUAAUUGAAGAGGAAAACAAUACCGAAGUGCCUGGGUUAAUUAUUGUCUUUGGUUUAAGUGUUAAAGAUCAGAUUAUUUAUCAAUCUAUUAUUUUAAUUACAACAUAUUUAUAAUUCUGUAAUUCGCUUUAUAUGUUCAAAAUACGAACUAGUGUUUUAUUAUCAUAUCCUAUAGAUUAACUUAGAAGUAGGGUACGAUAACCCAAAUAACAAAUUAAUGUGUUGGUAAUUUAGAAUUUUUGAUAAAUUAUCUCUUAAUCAUUUUCUAAUUAAUCAGUAAUGUGUCUUAGCUUGCUUAUGUUUUGUUAAUAUUGAUUGACAGGGUAUGUAAAUGUUCAUACUUAUCCAAUAAUAUACAUCUGGCUUUUCAAAACUGCUAGGUAUUACUUUCUUUAGAUUUAACUAGUGAUGAAGAGUGCAAAAUUUUGAUUUAGUUUUUAAAUGGGCUGUCCAAAAUGAAUUAUGAAGAAAGUCGUUUACGAACAUUUAGAAGUUGGCCAACAAAUGCUCCUGUGGAUGCAAGAAGAAUUGCUAAAGCUGGAUUUUAUUACAUGGGGCAAGAUUUAGAAGUACAGUGCUUCAGCUGUGGUGGAAGAAUAUCGGAAUGGAAUUAUAAUGAUAAAGUUAUGACCCGGCAUAGAGCUUUGGAUCCCAAUUGUCCUUUUGUUUUAAGUCCUGCCCUUUCAGGAAAUGUACCAUUUACAAGUAGACCUAAUGAAGGUCACAGUUCAAAUACAGAAGAAAUUACUUUGCACAAUAGACCAGCAGGAGAUGGUGUUCUUAAUGCUGGAAGUAUUGAUGUAGAGUCUAACCAAGACCAAAUGUAUGAUGAAGCAGCUCGUUUGAAUACAUAUGUGAACUGGCCUAUAUCAUUUAUCGUCUCUCCUCAGAGUUUGUCUAAAGCGGGCUUUUAUUACCUUCAGCAAGGAGAUAAGGUGAGCUGCCCAUUUUGUUCUGUAAUUAUCGGUCGCUGGGAAACUGGAGACAACCCACUGGAGGAGCACAAACGCCACUCCCCAGGCUGCAGCUUUUUACAAUCAUAUUCAUGUAGAAGUGUACCAGACAGUGUAAAUUCUUUAGGAAUAACUUUCCGAGAAGGUUUAGGUGCUUGUUCAGAUAGUAUCAUGAAAUCUUUGGGAGUUCAAAAUCAUAGAGUAGCAAAACAUCCCAAAUACACCAACAAAGAUGCCAGACUGGCCACUUAUCAGUCAUGGCCACAGGACACUAAGCAGACUCCUGAUGAUUUAGCUGAGGCUGGAUUUUACUAUUUAGGCAGUGGUGAUCAGGUGCGUUGUUUCCAUUGUGAUGGAGGGCUGGGCAAAUGGGACCCAAAUGAUGAUCCAUGGGUAGAGCACGCUCGUUGGUUCCCUGAUUGUGGUUUUGUUAUGCUCAUUAAGGGAGAGACUUUCAUCAAUGAUUCUAUCCACCAGCGUCCACCAGUGUUUCCUGAGUUUUCAAGCUCAACGGAUAACAAGGUGACAAGGACUAGAAGCACACGAGUCUCUGAAGACGAGCUGUCGGCUCUCAUGAGCAGCCCUAUAGCCACUACUGCUCUCCAGAUUGGCUUGGAUUUAUCAAGAGUUAAAAUGGCUAUUCGUCAAAAACUGGAACAAACAGGAUUACCUUUUUCUACUGCAGAUGACCUCAUUGAAGCCACCCUCGACAUACAGCUUGACGAAGUACCUUAUCAAGAUACUGAAGAAACUUGGAGUACUCCACUAAAUUCACCAGUUCGACAAAGACCAGUGAAUGUAACGACUGUGUUGCAACUGCUUAGUCAACAAGCUUCAUUGCACGAUGCUUCAGACUCUUCAGAGGCAGAAAAUUCUAAAAUCCAGAGAUUAGACCAGAGUAUAAAACCAGUGAACGAGGUAUCUGUCGCACCAACCCUAACAGACAAUGAUACUGAAUUUUGUGAUAAAAAAGGUACAAAAACAUUAACUCUGGAAGAGGAGAACCGCCGGCUUAGAGAAGCUCGCUUGUGUAAAAUCUGCAUGGACAGUGAAGUUUGUAUAGUGUUCCUACCUUGUAGUCAUCUGGUGACUUGUGUAAGCUGUGCACAAAGUCUGGCUGCCUGUCCAGUUUGUCGUCACAAUAUAAAAGCUACAGUACGCACAUUUCUCUCAUGACCUUUUUGUAUUUCCGUCUGUAUUUUAAAUAUGUAUGAAAGUGAUCAAUUUCGUAAUCAUUUAAUUAUAAUAAUUGUAACAAAUAUAAAUAUAAGAAUGAGAUUUAGUGUGACCAAUAAGAGAUAAUUUAGAAGAAAUAAUAUAUUUUUAUAACUUGAAUCCUUUUAUCAAUGUACUACUUACAAUUUGUUUAACAGCGAUUUUGAGUUAAAUUAUGGAGGCUUGUCAUGUUAAUCACAAUUUUUUCACUAUUUGUAAUGCAUUAUUUUAAUUCUUAAUUUUAUUACUGUUUUAUUCAUUGCAAUAUUUUGUUAAAUAAAUUUUUUAAUCGGUUUAAUAGUAUAGUAUAAAAAAUCUGUGUUAAAUAAAACAAUACAAAAUCAUGUUAUUUCAAAUAACUCAUUUAAAAACUAUUACCUUUUAAUGACUUCUCUCUUUACUCUCAUUUAAAUCUGGCUCUCUUAUUUUUCCUAUGCUGGCAGGCCUAUUUUUCGUGAUCGUAAAGGUUUCUUUGAACUGCUUUGGGAUAUGUUGUUUUCACUCAAAAAGUAUACCUAUCAUGUAUACUUUUCUUUGUAUCAAGAAAAUAUUACAAUGUAUAUUUAUUCUUGUAAAAAGUUUUAUAAACAAAUUUAACACUUCUUAAUUGCCCAAAAAAAUUAUUUUGUCCAUUGUGAACCCCAACCUUGUUAUAAUGUAUUACAGAUGUAUUUUUUUACUGGAUAUUUAAUAUUUGCAUUUUACUGUAUUAAAAAAAGUAGAAAUUAAUUUGGAUAAUCUAUAAAAUUACUUAUAAAACAUGUAACUAGUCUUCAAAUAAAAUCUAUUGACUAUAUAUA